AUGUCUCAAUCCAAAGAGCAGCAAAAGGCAGCCUACGAGGUGACGCUGCAGCGCCUCGAUCGCAUCCGCAACCAUCUCGACAAGCGUCCUCGUUCGGGCCGUCUUGCUGGCAAAGUGGCCAUCAUCACUGGCUGUGGCAGUCUCACGGGCAUUGGUCGCGCCACGGCGAUGCAGUUCGCUCACGAGGGCGUCAAGCACCUCUACGUGUGUGACAUUGACGAUGAGAACCUGCCUUCGCUCAAGGAUGCCAUCACCAAGAAGUACCCGGAUGUCAAGGUCACGGGCAUCGCCUCUGAUGCGGCGGACGAAGCUUCGGUCACCUCGAUCAUCGACCAGGCCAUCAAGGACGAAGGUCACCUCGACAUCUUUUUCGCCAAUGCGGCCCGUGCUACCGGCGCCCCAAUCCACGCUACCGACGUGGAAGACCUCGAGACGACGCACCACAUCAACGUCACCUCGUGCUUCCUGGCCUGCAAGCACGCCUCGGAGGCCAUGCGCAAGACGCACCCGACGCACAAACCCGAGCCUUCCGGUUCGAUCAUCAUGACCGCCUCCGUCGCCGGUAUCCGCUCUGGUGCGGGUAGCGUCGACUACUCGGCCUCCAAGGCAGCCGUCAUCAGUCUCGCCCAGACCACCGCAUGGCAGCUCUCGAGGACCAACAUCCGAGCUAACGCCGUCUGUCCCGGUCUCAUCGAAACCGGCAUGACACUGCCCACGUUCGAGAUGGCGAGGGAGCGAGGCACCGCGGGCAAGAUCGGUCAACUGAACCCGACGGCGAGGUACGGCGUCGCUGCAGAGAUCGCCAACGCCGUGACGUUUUUGGCGUCCGACGAGGCGACGUAUGUCAACGGCGUCGCCCUGCCCGUCGACGGUGGCCUCCAGGCCAGUCUGCCCGUCGUCCCUGGAAAGUCGUACUAG